AUGGUCCUUAACCUCCGGUUACCCUGCUGGGCCUUAGGGAAACUGUCGCCUGGCCCCACAGAACAACCACAUUCAUCCAGACGUCCAUCCGUGCUUUCAACCAUGCGUGUGUGCAUCCGUCAUUCCAUCUACCACUGUUUUAAGCGCUCAGUGGGUGAUGCGGGCGCCUGCUGGGAAGGGUCAUCUGCUUUACUCAUUCUGCUGAUUCAAAUGCUAAUUUCUGAAGAAGAUGUGCUGCUGGAUUUGAAUCCGGGCAUUCUGGCUCUGAGGAUCCGCAGCCCAGAGCCCAGCGAGCACAGCUGGCUCACUCUUGAAACCAGAGACUCCUGGCUUCCAAAGCUCAUCAUGAAACCAGCGCUAACAGAGAGAUACACUAAAAGGAAACGAGAGAAGUACGAAGCUCUCAAGGAGUCGAAGGCAGUGUCCCCGGGCCCAGGAAGGGCCUGCUCUAUUUCAGCGUCACAAUCCAGGACCCACGAGUCAACUAAGACCCCAGAAGAGUCUGUUCAUUAG